CAGGCUGACAUCGUUGCUGUAGCAACCAGUGGUACGUUUUCCCCUUUCAUACCGCCUGUAUGCGCGCAAAGACUGGGAAGUCGCAUGAGACACGAAACAUUUGAAACGGACGAAAUCAUCGUGCCAGACUGAUUUGCACCGGUUUGGGUAAGACAGACGGCUUCUUGAACUAUUUAGGCUUGGCGGACCUAAGUGAAAAUAUUUUCAUUCCACCGGUGCUUAUCAAUAAGGUCUGGACACCUCUCCCUCGGAACGCAUUCACGAGCGACGUCAGACGACAGCAUUAGGACACAUCUUGAGAAUCAAUCAUGUUGACUGAAAUUGAACAAAACGCUUUUGCAUCUGCGGUCUUGGUGACGCAUGUGUUUACUCCGAUAUAGAUCAUUUAUUGAUCUUUUAACAUACAGUUUGGAAUGGCGAAGUAGACAACUAGGCUAUGUAAUUUUCUUCACCUGGAGCAUCAGCAACGGUAGGCGGUGAUAGGCUACAAAUAUUUCUGAAUGGUCAUUACAAAUACAGCUUAGUCUUAUCCUAAUAUAACUAAUCAAUUGGUGGCGUGACAAGGCGUAAAAUAUCUAAGUGGACUGGCUACAAAACAUUAUGAGUGAAUAAAAAAAGCAACCUUCAUGAGAUCGCUGCAAAUGCAUCAUAAAGUGACUUUUUUUGAGUAAAAGUGGAAUGAAGGGUGUCGCAACAGUUAUUCUUCACAAGACAAGCCAUUAGCCGUCAUAAUUCCUUGACGACCUAUGAUUUUGAGAAUGAUUGCUCACGCAGGAGUUUCCAGCGUGUCAGUUCUAUAGGAUACACGGAGAAGACCGCAGAUCAUUGAACCCUCCGUGGAAUAAUCAGAACUUUGAUCAGGUGUGGAACUGACGGCAUUUGGAGAAAAAUUACUAGCACUGGAAAAGAAGAAGGACAAUUUUAUGGAGACACAUAAAUCACACUGGUUAAGACAAAAGCUUCAGUCAGUAUCUCUGGGGCAUUCUUUUGUAGGGUGGAUUGAGGAAACACUCGUCCAUCCAUGCCCCCUUGCCUUACAUAAAGCACACAGGAGAGAGCAGUCCAAGUUUGGUCCUUUACAGCCAUAGACUCAUGGGUAUUGUAGUGAAGCGGGGUUUACAAUUGCUAUACAGAAGGAGAGCCAAAUUUCAGUCAUCAUUUGCGCUAUAGGGUUUAUUAGGGAAUUUUCAGUGAUGAUGUGCAAUAUCACCAGUUAGUACAAGUGUAGUUUCUUUCUUUGUUUGCAUAAUGCACAGUCUGCAUGUUAUAACAAAAGACCACUAUCCCUUGAAUUAUAUUCUAAAUUUUGAUCAUACAGAGUUUCAACUCUGCAGAUUAGGCUACUGAAAGAGACAACAAUGUGUCUUCAUGAUUAUUUUGUACAAUUCAUAGAAACAAUACGGGUCACAAUAAAUAUCUAAGAUUCUAAGUGCCAUUGUUGAAUGUAGACAGUGCCAAAAUAUGUGGUAACAAUCAAAUGAGCAUGCAUCAUAAUCCAAGUUUGUGUCUUCAAAAGUGUUUACAAACGUGCUGUGGUCUUAAACACUUUUUUUUGUAAGUGCCAAAACUUCCCAGAUCUUUUGAAGAGUCAAGUUUAUAAAAUCGAUAUAGCUACCAUUUGCAUCCCCACUCAAUCAGCUCUUGUUUUAUCAGCCCCCUCGAGCUAGUAUGGUGGUCUGUAGAAGCAUCACAAUUUGAGUGUGUCUGUCAAUUACUUAACUUUUGACUUUUAAACCCCUAAGCAUUAUCCACUCAGGAUUGUUGGUAGCCAGCCUUACAUAAGAGAAUGCCUAGACUGGCCAGCCAUAUUAAAAGGUUUGCAUACAGAUCUUUCCAGAUGAAAACAUGCCUCUGUCAUUUUUUAUAAGAAACUAUGAAAAGAAGUUGUUUACAUUUUUCUUACAUCCAGAGUUGGAAUUUCUACUGAAGCAAAGUAAGGGCACAGGAUACCAAUCUUGUUCAUAUUCAAAGAAUAUUCUAGCAUUUUGACUUUUUUCUCUCUUGACGUGCGAGGAUUUUUACUCUGCCCAUUUGCCAUAACAAGGCUCAGGUUACACAGUUGCAUCCAGAGGACAAGAUUUCCAAAGCCAAACUGAAUUGGGACAAAUUUCAGACAUCUCUGCUGUUCCCACGUCUAUGAGAGUGGACAUAGACAUACAUUUAAUCACUGGAACGCCAUAGCCCUCCUGCCUUCGGCACUUCUUAGGCAUUCUUGUCAUACAGUCUGCCAUCUGGUCGUCUUGCCUGCCCUGUUUCAUGCACUUAGUUUUUCACUUAACUUAUCUAAUGUUCUAUGCUUGGGAUCUAAAUAUUUGAAAUGCCAUUUUGAGCCGGCUCAUUUGAAAAGAGAACGUCACAUUGUGCUGUGCUGUGUUGACUCAACCCCAGAAAAUAGACGUCUUAGUCAUGUGAAGAUGGAGCCCACCUCCAUGCUCAGAGUGCGUGUCAUCUCCCUGCUCUUUUUAAUCGCUGCCCCACUUAAUGUUGCAGCAGCGAGCAUCACAGCCACCCCCAGGCUGGAGCGUACUCAGGCGGGCGCCACAAACCCAUCCAGACCCAAACGAACCCAGGGGGGGUUUACCGAAAGCCCCGCCACCAGCGACAGGCAAACUGGUCCGGGAUGGCCUGCCCUGGGAGGCCGGUCAAAGACACGCACCCCGACACCAAGCACUAAGCCAAAAUCUCCAGUGAAAUGGUUGGAGACCCCGCCGAGACCUCUGCCCCAGGUCAUGGCCCCACUAAAUGCCACGGAGUGGCACCGAGCUGCCCAGAUGGGCCCCCCACUGGAGGCCGACCUGUGCCGGGGCUACUACGACGUGAUGGGCCAGUACGACUUCACCUUCAACUGCACCAAGGACGACUUCAUCUACUGCUGUGGAACGUGCCACUACCGCUUCUGCUGCAAUGACCUCAACCGGCGACUUAACCAGGAUAUGUGCAACAACUACAACUCGCCUGUCUGGGCCAAGGUCUCCACGACGCCCCCAACGCUCCCUGACCCCGGCCCUGGUCCCGGCUCCAUCCGCCUGCAGCAGCAGGGCAACAACACCGUCUACGUGAUCGGGGGAGUCAUCUCCUUCACUAUUGCCGUGGCCGUGGCCAUAAAGGUGGCUUUCCACAAAACGUCACGGCAACCUAGAAACAACGAGCUCAACAUGCCCAGGGCCCUGGUGGACAUGCUGCGUCACCAGUCCAGUCCGGUCGAACAGGGAGAGAGGAACAACAGUGUGGCCAUUCCCAGCUCAGGAGGAGGUGAGGGGACCUUGGGUCGCCCACCAAAAAAUCAUUAUCCAACUCUUCAAAGCAAAGACAACAGAUUGGGGAAUCUGCAGCAUAACUUUAUCCACACAACAGGGUCCAGCCCAAAACAUACUGCCACAAUCGAACGAGCCCCACGCAUGAACAACAUGCAGAUCGCCACCGGAGGCACUUUGAAGCCAAACAAACACAACAACGUCAUGGUGACCCAGCCUUCCUUCCACCAUUCUCUGCACAACCUCGCUCAACUUCCCCCAUCCUACGAGUCUGCCAUGAAGCCAGAGAUGAACAGAUACAGCUCUCUCAAACGCCUGGAGAAAGGUCUGGAGGACUACUCGGGGUACUGCACUACCAAACGUAGUCGGCCCACCACUGCAGGUCCAGCUUUUCAUUCGUCUCAGAGUCACCUGCCCUGGGGGGGUGACUACACCCUGGGAGGCCGAGGCACUCUGCCCAACAGACCCCGGAGACACCCUCAGUCAGCUCCUACCCCCACCCCAAACCCCUACCCUCUUCCCCUGCCUCCUCGAGCUGAGUAUCAGUACAACGCCAACUAUGAUACCCUAUCCAAGCCGCCGAGACGGGUGAAGUCCACCGAUCAGCUUCUGGCAAUGGCCGACGCCAACACUUUAUCCAGGCUCUCCAAGAACCAGCAGCACCAGUACUACAAGGCCAUGGCUGCGGCGUCUGCGAAAAACUCUAAUACCCACAACACCUUGAGGAAGGCCAAUGAUCGGCUCCUAAUGUCACCUGACCACCUGGAGGAGAAUAUGGGGGGAGGAGGGAUGGGAGUGGGUGAUUACGGGGCAGGAGGGAUGGGCAUGUCCGAUUAUGGAGGUGGUAGUGGGAUGGGUAGGCCUGAUUAUGGAGAAGCUGGAGGGAUGGGAGUGUCUGACUAUGGAGGGGCUGGGGUCCCCACCCUUCCCCGCCAGAAGGCCCAGUCACAGCAGAACGUGUGUGCCACACCCUCUCUCGACCGGCAUCACAUGAUCAAGAUGAACUCCCACCCGACCUCAGGGAGGGAGCAGGAGCGCACCACCACACCUGCCAUGUCCAGCCACCUGGGAGGGAGUGGGGGAGCGGGAGUAGGGUGGGGGGACAUGCCAGGAACAGGGGUAGUGAUGGGCACGGGGACGCUAGGGGGACACAGUGCCAGGAGGUUAGCAUUUGCUGCUAAAAGACAGAAUACUAUAGAGCAGUUACACUUCAUUCCUGGAGGGGGAGGAGGGGGGGGAUCUGGAUCAGGAACUCAGGGAGUGAGAACAGGAAGUAAGAAUGAAGUUACCGUAUAAAUAUGAAAGAUUGUUAGAGGAAAAUACAGAGGAGGGGAAAUAAUAAAAUAAGCAAGGUUAGUUGUGGGAGAUGAUAAAGAAAAGUGUAUAUAGUGUAGUUAAACUCCUCAAAUUGGUCAUAUUGCAUUUAGAUUACCAUGGUAAAGUUUGAGGACUAUAGAAACAUCUUUAUACUUAUAUAUACAUAUAUAUACAUAUUUGUUUGAUAUCAGUCAUAUUUGAGUCAGCUUGCUAAUAUAUACUCGUGUCUCAUGAUCCAUUGAGUCAAAGAAAAUAAAUCUAUUGGAGACAAAUAGGACAAAGUCUAGGACAGUAUUCUGUUUAUUAGGUAUUUUUAAAAUCUAAAAUAUGUUAGAAAGUUUACUGCUUUGAUGUUUAAGGUUAAAUCCUUUUGAGCCAUAAAAGUGAGAGGGUGACAUAAUAGAAAUGGAAGUCUGAGUGAAAGAAGGUGACAUGGAAACUGUGAUUGGACAUGGACUAUUUGUGUGCCAGAAUCCUGUAGGACCAAAGGGAAUCGCCUAUUUUUGGACUGUGUAGCUGCUAUGAGACAAAGACAUUUAGGAGGACUUCUGUUGAUUAAGUUAAAAGAGACAUCAACAUUGUUGUGUUGUCAUUCAAAUGACUUUUUUUUUUAUAUUUUGUGAAAUCUAAACACUGCCACAUGCAAAAGAAUGGUGUUCCUUCCCUGUAAUAAUUGGGCAGUUGCAGAUUUCACUAAUUUGCUAUCCAAUUACAGAAUGUGUGACUGUUCCUAUAGAGCACAUUCAGUACGUCUUGAUAAAGACUAACAGGCUUAUGUUGCAACACUGAUUUACACGAUCAAAAUCUGGACAAUUUGAAUGACUCAGUUAUUAGAUUGAUGCUUGCCCGACCCUUUGCCAUGAAUGUUAAUUGUAGUGACAAGUUCUUUGUAGACUGUCUUCUAUUUCAUUUUAGACAACUCAGUGGGGGAUAUUAGAUGUUUCUAUUUUGUGGUUUUGACAGUGUAAGUGGCUGUACAUCCUACACAACCCCCUUUGGCAGUGGAACAGUGGCAUGCCAGUCACCCCUUUUCUACCAUUGCUCAGAUCAUUCAAAAUGAAUGAACUGACUGGAUGUGUUUUUCACUCAAUCAAAGCCAUUGCAGGACAUGACUGGGCUGACAUACUCAAACAACCAAGAAAGUGUCUGACAAUCAUCUCUGUCUCGUGGCGGAUAUGGACUCUCAAACAGCGUGUGCCACUGAGAUUAAAAUGACCACACCAACACCAAGACCAUGUAUGUCUGCAGGGAUUUGACAAGGAAGUGCUGCACAUAUGAAAUUCAUCUCUUUUAAUAUUGAAGGACAUCUACCUAUAUACCUGGAAAUCCUGUUUGUACGCCAACUUUCAUUUUGACCAUAUUCAGCUGCAAAGAGAGUAUUUCCACUUAAAAGCACAGUAGAGCUCCUGUGCUUGUCAAGUCAGUAGUCAGGAAAAGGAAACAAUGUAACGAGAGUGGAAAGUUUACCUAAUGAAUCAGAACUUUCAUGAAAGGAGACUUGAAAAGUAAUUCAGGGUAGACAGGAACCUCUAGGAUUUGAGUUUGACUCAAAUUAUAUAGCCAUGAGCAACUCUUGUGAAGGGUACUGUCACUUUGAGAAGAUAAUCUGUUGCUCCAAGAAACUGUUGCCUCUAAAUGCUGAUGUAGAAUCAGGUUUCUUUUACCCCAAUAUGUAUUGGUCACAAUCAUUAUUUGAUAAGGUGAAUAACCUAUCCAAGGUUAUGUAGGGAUAACUCACCAGUUGUCUUUGUAGACGUAGACUACAUAUUUCGGUCAGUAUGUAGGAAUUAAAUAUCAUAAUCCAUGACUUUCAAUAAUACCGCUUAUAAACAUAAGGGCUAUUCUACAUGUGUUUGUGGUAUGUGCUCUACCUGAUUUUACCUUCCUUAUUAUUUUGUGUGUUAUUAUUAUUAUUAUCAUUAUUAUUAUAGGACAGUAUUUAACUAUGUUUAUGACAGCAGGAAGAAGGUCAGACAUACAUUUUUCUUUGUAGAGGAGAUGGUGAUUACCUGUCAACAUCUACCCCACAGAAACAAAAUGUUUGUAUGGUGAACAUUUCAUGAAGUUAUAAUGGUCAAGAAGGAUAUGCUUGCAUAUGGAGAGGCUUGUGCUAAGCCAGUGUGAUUAACUGCACUGCCAUUAAUGGAAAACUGGAAAAACAGAAGUAUAAACAAACAUAAAUCAACCAAGAAAACUUUUGACCAUGCUUGUUACUGAUUUUCACUAUUCCAUCACAUAUACAGAAAAUGAAUGAGGAUGGACUGUAAAUGAAUCUUUCAGACAAUCUUCCUACACACUAUAAUAUGUAAGUGUUUGUCAUUGUCAUUAUUAUGACAGUUAUUACUAUAUAAUUACUGGUAGUAUUAUUACUGUUAUUAUUAUUGAGUAUUAUAUAUUUAAUGAUGGUGAUGUUUUUUUCUUCAGUGAAAUGUUAUUGUAUUUUUUAAAAAUAUCUACCUUUCUCAUGAAUGUUGAAACAAUUCAUUGUAGAAAGUGGAAGCACAACUAAUGAGAUCCAUUUAUAGCCUGUUGUAUUUGCCAUUUUUAUUACAUCGAAUGCAUUGAAAAAUGCCCAAUGAUGUCACUUAACAAUGUUUAAAAGCUUGCUGAUGUCAAAACCCAUGUGAAAAUAUCACAGUGGGAUAAAGUUUCACGUCACUGCCAUAGGUAUUACAGAUGACAUAUCUGUUAUUGCUAUGGUCACCGUUUGUGCAUAUGUCGUGUAUACUGAAUGUCUCAUUAUAGAUAGGAUUUAAAGUAUUUGAAUGUUACUUUCAGGGAAUAUAAAGACAGCUAAAACAUGUUAAACAUUUUCUUUCCAAUGUAAAGGGGUCUGUAGCAAUGUCUGCUCUGUCUUGCAUCCAUAAGCCAUACAGUUUAACUAUUUAUUUAAGAAACAUCGGUUAGGGAAUGAUGUGUGCAAAACAGGCCUAUUACACUUUGUAUUGCUGAUACAAUGAGUAGGCUGGCAAGGUUAAGGGCCAUUUGGCUAUAGGCUACUUGGGACUUCCGAAUGAAGAGAGAUAUUGGUAAACAUAUAUUUUUAAUGCAUAGACAUAGUAAAUAGCCUGAUUUGAAAUCACAAUUAGAGUGUGAUAAAGGCUAGUGUAGGCUACUUAAUUGUGCAAUCAAGGAAAUCUCUUAGCCCUUGCUAUAUGAGAAUAACCUUCCCUAUGUUCUUCUAUGAAUUGUCCUUACCCUUUUGGAUAUCAGUGUGAACAAGAUGUAAUAUUAUUUGUAGAAAUAAAAUGCAGCAAAUUCAAA